UUUUCCUCCCUCGUGGGAUACAGACCGCUAUUCUCAGACCCCCAGAGCCGGAGCCGAACAACUGUGGCCUUAUAAAACGGACUGAAAGCACCGACAAGGACACACAUUUCAAGGUGAAACACUGAAUGAACUGCACGCACAUUUUGGAUGUAGAUUUCUGCUCCGGUCACUUACACUGUGAGGCGACAGCAGACAGGCUUCCUCAGCUUCUCAAAGUGGCAUGUUAAGGCUGUCUGGAGUUACGCAUCAGCCGCACUGAGACGACAACAUGAAGGUGACAGCCCUGCUCAUCGUUUGCUCCUGUCUGAUGUCGGGGAGUUUGGGGAAGCCACUAUUCCCUGAACAAGAGAAGGAUCCCAAAUUUUGGAAUGUGUGGGCACAGCAGACCCUGAAGAACGCUCUCACGCUCCAAGCUCUCAACACCAACAAAGCAAAGAAUAUCAUCCUCUUCCUUGGAGAUGGGAUGGGCGUUCCCACGGUGACAGCUGCUCGAAUACUGAAGGGUCAGCUGAACGGACAGAGCGGUGAGGAGACGCAGCUGGAGAUGGACAAGUUCCCUUUUGUGUCUUUGGCCAAGGUCUGA